AUGCUUUUGUAUACCCUCAUCCUUUUCUCCCCCUACACUCUAACUUCUGCCCAAUCGCCCUCUCCUCCUAUCCCGGCUACCCACCAAAUGGCCCUCGCCUUCCUUGACCCUCCAACCUCCCUCAAUCCCAGCCCUUCCAAGCGGCAGCUAAAACCUCACCGCGUCCCUCGGCGCGGGGAUUCCACCGAAUUGUAUGCUUUCUUCUUUCUGGCGGGUUGCCCUUACAAACUGAAAGAGAAUGGAGCUCAAAGGCUAACAUUGGAUACGACAGUCUACGAAUUCUUCUUUUUACAAUCACCCCACGAGAUCCUGGGUUUCCCUCAUCUGAACACCUCGCAAUAUCCCAACUGCGGCGUGAUCAGACUACAUGAGUCUUGCUCGAGAUCACAGACCUUCCAAGGUCUACAGACCGUGAACCCUGUUGUCUCCGUGCACUUGGAGCUCGUCUACUCGCAACUCUCAUUCUUGCUCUUCUCGCUGUGUCUAGAACAAGCUCACCGACAAGAACUAUACGCAGCUGCUCCACGAGACUGUCAUUAA